AUGGCGGAACCACAAAUCGCAUACGCCCAAGACGAAUACGGUCGACCUUUUAUCGUCGUCCGUGAACAAGGCAAAAAGACCCGCGCCAACGGUAUUCAAGCCAUCAAGAAUCACAUUGCUGCGGCCAAAACGGUUGCCAACAUCCUCAAAACUUCCCUCGGUCCCCGAGGCCUCGACAAAAUCCUCAUCAGUCCCGAUGGAGACAUUCAAGUCACCAACGAUGGUGCUACCAUCAUGAACAACAUGGAGCUCGACCACCAGGUUGCUAAGCUUCUUGUCGAGCUUUCCAAAUCUCAAGAUGACGAGAUCGGUGAUGGUACAACCGGAGUCGUCGUUCUUGCCGGUGCAUUGCUCGAACAAUCCGAAUCUCUUCUCGACCGAGGCAUUCAUCCCAUCCGAAUCGCUGAUGGAUUUGAACGAGCUUGCAACCUCGCCGUUACCGAACUUGAAAGAGUUGCAGACAAGGUCCAGUUCGACCGUGACAACAUCGAUGAACUUAUGAAAGUUGCCAAAACUUGUCUUGGGUCCAAGAUCGUUUCCAAGGCCUCGGAUAAGUUUGCCAAGAUCGCUGUCGACUCUGUUCUCUCUGUUGCUGAUUUGCAGCGUCGAGAUGUUGAUUUCGAGUUGAUCAAGGUGGACGGUAAGGUGGGAGGUGCAUUGCAAGAUACAAGCCUAGUCCAAGGUGUUGUGAUCGACAAAGACAUGUCUCACCCCCAGAUGCCUCGGGUUGUUAAAGACGCCAAGAUCGCCAUUCUAACAUGUCCCUUUGAACCACCUCGUCCUAAAACCAAGCACAAGCUCGACAUCACCUCGGUCGAAGAAUACCGUAAACUUCAAGACUACGAACGUUCAAAGUUUGAAGAAAUGAUCCAACAGGUCAAGGAUUGCGGUGCAAACCUCGUAGUCUGUCAAUGGGGAUUUGACGACGAAGCCAACCAUCUUUUGCUUCAACACCAACUACCCGCGGUUCGUUGGGUCGGUGGACCAGAGCUCGAACUCAUCGCCAUCGCCACCAACGGAAGGAUCGUUCCCCGCUUCCAAGAUCUUUCGGCGGAAAAGUUGGGUACUGCGGGUCUGGUGAGAGAGGUAGGCUUUGGAACAACACGAGAUCGAAUGCUCAUCAUUGAAGAAUGUGCCAAUCCUCGUGCCGUUACCGUUUUCGUUAGGGGUUCCAACAAGAUGAUUAUCGACGAGGCCAAACGUGCUCUUCAUGAUGCCAUCUGCGUUGUUCGUAACCUUGUCGUUGACAACCGCGUCGUCUAUGGAGGAGGAGCUGCGGAAAUUUGUGCAAGCGUGGCGAUCAGUAAAGCAGCAGACGAGAUUGCUUCUUUGGAACAAUACGCUAUGCGUGCAUUUGCUUCUGCGUUGGAUGCUAUUCCUUUAGCGCUCGCCGAGAACUCGGGUUACUCGCCCAUCCAGACCUUGGCAGAGGUGAAAUCCAGACAGGUGACCGAGAAAAAUCCCAAGCUGGGAAUCGAUUGUAUGGGAGCCGGUGAUAACGAUAUGAAGAAUUGUAGGGUUUUCGAUCCACUGGUUAGUAAGAGACAGCAGUUGUUGUUGGCAACACAGUUGGUUCGGGCUGUUUUGAAGAUUGAUGAUGUUAUUGAACAGCACAACAUCGAGUAA